AUGCUGGCCAACAACGGCUUGGCUGUAAAGCUGCCUUCUGCGCCGUCAAUAAGAAUGCGACGGUGUCUCUGUCUGCGGCCUCGCAGCUUGGUGGGUCCCACAAAGCGUGUAGGACCUUCUGCUGGUCUUUGCACAAGUUCAGCUCGGGCUUGCCAUCGUCAGCGGCCAUCCGUAACGGCACAGUCCUUUCACACAGCUUCUCCACGGACACUAGCCGUCGAGGCCAUCAAUCGUUCGCCUACGACCACUUUCUCCGCGACCCAGCGACCAGAAUCGCUCAGCGCCAUAGCUCGUUGCGCACAAAGUAUUCUCGAACCGGACAGCCGGGUGCUUGGGUCAGAAUGGCGCAGCAGAGUCGACUCUCUUACGCGCAAAGCACAGAGCUUGGACACUGCAGUAGGACAGCGUGUUCUCAAUCGUGUUGUCUUGGUGGGAUCCUCACUCAGCCAAACGCAACAACUUUUGAUCAGCAUCAUCGACGAGCCGCUUCGAGAACUGAGUUCGUCCCAAACUAGCGAAGCACAACUCAUCUUGGCCGGUCUGAUGGACUCUUCCGCUUCGCAACCCUUCCACAUCAAGUAUGCGCCAGGACCGUCGCAACUCCUCGAGACCAACUCUGCUACUUUGGAUCGUCACUGGCUCCAACAGGCAAAUCUUGAGAUCAUUGUCCUCAUCGAUCCCGUCCUCACUGAAACCACCUACGAUCUCAUCUAUGACGCCGAGGCUGUUCUCUUUGUCACGGAUGAUUACGCGCUCAGCAGAUCAGCACACCGGUCGCAUAGUCCUAGCGAGCGUGGCGACGCAACUCACGACCUUCUCUCCCGCUUUGCUGCCAAGCCUAAUGUUCAUCUCAUUGUCAAUUCCAUCCUUGGAUUGAAGCAUAACCAGAUCGUCGAAGCGCUCGAGGCAGCCACCGGAGCAUCGAUUUCUGAGCUCGUCGCUCCCAACUUGGUCUCGGUACGGAUUUCGGACGCUCUUACUGCCAAUGCGGCUCUCCGACAGGCCCUAGACAAGCAGCAACAACAGCCAGUCUCUCCCGUAUCGACCAACUCGGCCUCUCCUGCUUACUGGGACAACUUUAGCAGCCGAUAUCAGCGUUCGAAUGUUGGCUCUGUCAUCGAUAUCGUUCAGGCGUUGGACUCUCGACAGGACUCGAGAACUAUGGUCGCGCAGUCUGCAGCCUUUCUGCUUCAGCAUUGCCUUGACGAAGCGAUGGCUAUUGUCAAGCAUAACCUGGCGUGUUUGUAUCAGCUUCGCUCUCUUGCGAGCGAGGCAAAGCAAAACGAGAGUGCGACAAUCAAGCAAUCCAUCGAACGCAUUUGGCCACCUGCUGCCACUUACACCGGUCAGCUCUGCAGUGACGAGAUCAAAGUAUGGCGUCCAGCCUCGCCUGGAUCGCUCAGCGCCGUCGACCAAGCUAUGCAGCAGACCGACAACUCGAUCGAACUUACCUUCAACACGAAGUUGCAGUGGUGGAAGAUGGUCUGGAAGGUCGAUGACGUUCGCAAGGAGCUUGAGGCAGCCUGUGCUGGCUUUGCUGCCUCUCUCGAAUCCGAUCUCGCGUAUGAAUCUGGUCGUCUUGCCACUAUGCAAGUGGAGCAAGUUCGAGCGGCGGACCAGCUGCUUGUUCGUUUCCGAAAGUUGGCUGAGCAACUCAGCUCGAGCAUUGCUACUGCUUCUCGCGACGUUGUAUUGGUCUCGAAUCAAGCCGAGGCUUAUCGUUCGUCCAAGCUGCGCACUAUCGAGCCUUCAACACUGAUGGAGCCCAUCCAUCGCAGACGUGCUCAGCUCCUCGAAGCUGGCGGACCCAUCGACGUGCUUGCAUCUAAAUCGCGCCAGCUUGUCGUCACAAGCUCAGCUGCUGUCGCCGUUACUGCUGCAGGUGUUGGAUCAGCCAGCGUGCUCGGCUCGUCGCUUGGACUGGUCGACGCUUCAUCUGCCUCGCUUGCACUUGACCCAGCUACAGGUCUUGGCCUGGGUCUUUUGAUGCUCACACUGGUCGGAUGGAGGAUGCAGGGUCAGUACAACAAGUAUCGUCGCCGAUUCCGCGACGACUGGCAGCGUUUCAGCCAAGGACUCGAUCAAGACUUGAAGCGCAACCUGGAGCAGGUCUUGCAGCAACAGAUCACCGGGCCUUCGAACCAGGUUGCUUCAAGCAUUCUUGCGCUGACACAAAAGUGGAGCGCCCAGACUCAUCAGCAGGAGCAACACGUACGCAACAUCACACAAAACAUGGUUGCACCACCACAUCUGCCAGCAGACGUCCCACUAGAUGUCGCGGCCAGACUACCCACUCAGCAAAAGGAAUGA